GUCGACUACGGUGAGCGUAGUUUUGUUUGCGAUUUUCGUGGGCGCCUUUGCCGGGCUCAAUUACAUUUUUGGAUAUUGGAAGCGCCGCGGAAUUCGGCAGCUGAAGCCCGUGUUUCCGGUUGGGGAUUUCGGAGAUUUGUUCCGGGGCCGGGGGUCGUUCGGUAAAAUUUGUGAAAAUCUUUACGAGCAAACUAAGCAAUGGCCGUUGUUUGGAGCUUAUGCGCUGUUGAGGCCAAUUUUGUUCGUCAAUGAUCCGCAGAUGGUGCGGAAUAUUAUGGUUCGGGAUUUUGCGCACUUCCACGAUCGCGGGCCAGGCAUUGACGAGGAAAGGGAUCCCUUGAGUGGGCAUCUGUUUUCGCUAGCCGGCGAGAAGUGGAAACAUCUGAGGGCUAAACUGACUCCAACGUUCACUUCCGGCAAGUUGAAAGGGAUGUUUCCAACGCUGGUCAAUAGCGGCGAGUCGCUGCAGAAUUAUAUCGGCAAACGGGCUGCAGCUGGACAGGUUGUGGAGAUCCGGGACAUUUUGGCCCGGUACAAUACCGAUAACAUUGCUUCGGUGGCUUUCGGGAUUCAGAUCGAUUCGAUUAACAAUCCGGACGAGAUGUUCCGCACUAUGGGAAGGAAGAUGUUUGCCUCCAGUUUCCGGAACAACAUGCGAGGUUUGCUCAACUUCAUCGUUCCCAAACUGAAUCGGUUCCUCAAGAUGAAAUUUGUCGAUGACGAUGUAGAGGAAUUUUUCAUCCGAAUGGUUCGAGACACCCUCGAGUAUCGGGAACGAACCGGAGUAAUCCGGAAGGACAUGAUGCAGCUUCUGUUGCAGUUACGUAACACCGGAACCGUUGCCGUCAACGACGAUCAGUGGGAGGCCAAAGCUACAACCGGAACCGGUUCCGGAAGCUUUAAAAGUUUCUCCCUCAAUGAAGUCGCCGCACAAGCUUUUGUCUUUUUCCUAGCUGGGUUCGAGACUUCCUCGACCACGAUGUCGUUCUGUCUCUACGAGCUGGCUAAAAAUCCGGAAACCCAACGGAAAGUUCAACGGGAGAUUGACCAGAUCCUAGCCAAAUACGGUGGUCAAUUAACCUAUGAAGGAACGAUGGAGAUGCCUUACCUCGAAUGUUGCAUCGAUGAAACCCUCCGGAAGUACCCACCGGUUCCGAUUCUGAACCGAGAAUGCACCAAAGAUUAUCUGGUUCCAGGAACCGGAAUCACCAUCGAAAAGGGAACGGCAGUUAUCCUUCCAAUAGCAGGAAUGCAACAUGAUCCCCAAUACUACCCGGAUCCGAUGCAAUUCCGCCCCGAAAGAUUCCAGGGCGAGGGCAUCAAGGAUAAACCCUAUGCGCCGUUCGGUGAUGGCCCCCGAGUUUGUAUUGGAUCCAGGAUGGGGAAAAUACAGACCAAAGUCGGCUUAACACAGCUGUUGUCGAAGUUCAACUUCCAGUUGCAUGGGCAUGACGAGCCGGAAUUAGUGAUGGACCCGAACAGCUUCAUUCCGACUCCAAUUAAUGGAAUUAAUUUUAAAGUACGGUAUCGGUAGAACUAUUUUUUUAAUCGUUUAAUUAGGCGAAAGAAGAUAAGAUUCAGCUUGUCAGGGUCGGUAGUUUAUCUUAUCAAAUCACAAAAAGAAAAUGGUUUAGUGAAAAGAUAAGGUUCGUCUAAAAAAACGGGAAUUAUGAAGCACCAAUAAACUUUACGACAACGCAACACCAUCUCAUGAGAAUUUGUAUAACAACAAAGGUGUACAUUUUGAGUGGUAGAAGAAAAAUGAUAAAAAAAUAAAUCUAUGGUAAAUAAAUCAUUGGAAAUUGAAAACGAUGCAAUGCAUCGAAUAUGUAUAUAAAUCGCAAAUGAAGAACUUCUAAAGCUUAGUUGAUCUUAAAUCUGAAUGCAUUAAAACGGGUCGAUCUCGGAGCUAUGUA